AUGGAUCCCUAUGAAAUGCCUGCUGUGCCCUGCGGAACCCCCGACUCCAACACUGGACUUGAGACCGGAGCCCCAUGGGGGAUUGAACUUGGCCCCAGAAGAGCUAGAUGUCGCUGUUCCCGCUGCCACAACCACGGCACCACUGACCAAAUCAAGGACCAGGAGCACUUCUGCCUCUUCGAGGUCUGCGAGUGUCACAAGUGUGCCCUCUUCUCGGAACACUGCAGCAUCUUGCCUGCUGAGAGUGCCUUGAAGUCGGAGCAGGGGCCACGCCAAAAGAGACACCUGACUGAAGGACUGAUAAAGAGUGGGACCACCUCUCCCAAAGCUCACAGCCAUGUCAUCAAGUUGGCCAUUCAAGCAGGAGUCCCCAGCAAGCUCCCAAGGAGUUCUGCUGAUCGGUCUGGUCUCGGAAUCUUUGUCUCUAUCCUGGACUCCAGCACCCUUGAAGAAGCAACUAACAAUUUUUCUUUCCAGGAAGUCACACAGAGCCCCUGCCCUGCCCAGCAGGCUCCCAAAGCUUCCGACCAGGCCUCAGUUGCUGCCUCCUCAGAGUGGCAGCAAAAACUGGAAGCGGCCGAGUCUCUGCUGGCUCUGAGAGAAUCAUCCCAGGCCCCUUCUGGCUCCAUCUCCGUGCUCCAGCUCUGUGUUGCACCAGCUCCUGCUGGAGAUAGAGGACUUCAGCCUCCUAACCCCUCUCUUGGACCUGCACCGGCCAGCUCCGUUUCUCUGCCUGAUGGACACCUGGGGUGCAUCUCCCCCUUGAGCUAG